AUGCUGUCCUGUAUGUGACUUGAUCGUGCACAAGAGGAAACUACACUGUUUGCGCGCCAAAGUUAUUUGCCCUGCAGACACGGAAUGGUCCAUUCUUCUGUCAUCGCAUGUCCAAAGGCCGCCACGAUGGAUAUUUAUAUACUAGGAGGUCUGAAGCUAGCGACCCUCGUCUGCACUUGCCUGGCUGGAAUAGAGCUGAAGAACUCAGGGAGACCGCAUUCGAGAAAACCAACCUUGUACAGCCUCUUCGACAUCACAUAUCUGGUGACGUGCGUUGGUGCUUGCGCUGUGCUCGUUAUGCUAGUAUGCCACCUCAUCCACAUCGGCAGCUUGUGGGCAACGUGGAGCCCCAUGCUCUGUUUCGACUUGUUCGUCACUUGCGCGUUCUGCGCGGAGACUGUAUUUAUGGGUGUGGUAUUCCUUACGAGGAGGCUGCGCAAUCAAGCUGCGCCAUGGAUCACCUGCACUGUGCACGGCAUCAUCUUGACCACGAUGGUAGGCGACAUACUUGAAGGCAACACCUCUGAAUGCACAGAACAGGCAUGGGUGCGCGACAAUGAGGACGACGACGACAAGAACAAAUACAGCUACAACUACAACAGCUACAACGGCAACAAGUACUACAACGAUUGCAACUACAAUAAUGACAACAGCUGCAACCGACAACAACCACAAUGA